GGUGCACGGUUUAAGAGUUGAGUGUUAGUUUAGACUUUAGAGAGAUGCAUGGUCUAGCACGCACUCUCCAUUUGGCUUUUGGGAUCUUUGCAAAUGGAACUGCUUUUUUCAUCUUCUUGGCACCAAUUGUUACAUUCAAGAGGAUCAUCAAGAAAAGGAGCACGGAAGAGUUCUCUGGAUUGCCCUAUGUCAUGACCUUGCUCAAUUGCCUGCUUGGUGCUUGGUACGGGUUGCCUUUUGUGUCGCCUAACAACAUACUUCUGACAACAAUUGAUGGAAUCGGAAUGGUAAUUGAGUUAGCAUUUGUGGUCAUAUUUCUAGUAUUUGCGCCAAAGAACGAAAAGAAAAAAAUUGGAGCGCUCCUUAUUUUAGUGGUCGGAGUAUUCGUUGCUGUUGCGCUUCUUUCGGUGCUUGUUUUCCAUGGAAGAACUAGACAGCUCUUUUGCGGUUUCGCUUCCUUAAUCUCCACUGCUAUUAUGUUCUUCUCGCCUCUAUCAGUCAUUAGGGUUGUGAUGAAGACAAAGAGUGUAGAGUUCAUGCCAUUCCUCUUGACUUUCUCCAUGUUCCUAUGUGGCACUGCUUGGCUCAUUUUUGGCCUCCUUGAGAUGGACCCUUUUGUUUAUGUACCAAAUGCCGCUGGAUGUGGUGUCGGAGUAUUGCAAUUGAUACUAUAUGCAAUCUAUAGUGACAAGACAAUAUUAAUGACCAUCAAGAGAUCUUUUUUCCAAGGGAUGCUCCAAAUCAAUGCCAUACCCCAACAGGAGAAGAAGCAACCAAGCGUCUCGUCAACAAAAUAUGAUGAACCAGUCUAGUGUGUGUGUGUGUUGAUGGACAAUUUUAUAUAAUGUCAUCGUAAGUGCACGAAUCAGUUAUAGUGAUAGUGUCCAAAAGCAAAGGUCGACCCCACGGGGAAUUAAAACAAUGCAAUAAAGACAAUGCAAUUUAAUAAACUUAAAAAUAAGAAAUGAUCGAGUGAAA